AGCCAUUCACAAUUGAAUUGACAGUACACCAAGCAGCUGAUAAAUAAAAGAUUAUUUUUAUAGAAGUUUAAUAUUUAUAUACAUAUUUGAAAUUUAAUUAAAAAGAUUUAAAUAUUAUCUAAUAAAAAUUAUCAUUAAUAACUAUGAGUUUGCCGCCGGCAUUACUGCAACGCCUGGCCCAACGUGGACUUGUGCAAAAAUCGAAAACAAAAGAAGCUGAUGCACCAUUAGCUGCACCAGUUGAAAAUGAAGAAGUUAUUGCCGAAGACUAUGAUGAGAUGGAUACUGAUGAACAGCGUGCAAGUGCCCAUGAAGAAUAUCAAUAUCCACCACUUUACGACACCGAUACCGGCAGCAAACGUGUUGAGGAGAAUUUCUGGCUGGAACGCAUGAAAGAGCGCAUGGGUGAGGCAAACUCUACCACCGGACAUCGUGGUUGUCCAAAUAAAUACAAUAUAUGGCACAAAUGUACGCUAUUUUGUGUUAAUCGUUGGGGUGAUGGCAAAACCGAACCCAGCCGGGAAUAUAUGAGACGCUACAAACGUUUACGACGCAAGUACCCCCUACCCAAAGGUUGGGCUGAACGUUACGAUCCCGGCUGUGCAAGUUAUUAUUUCUACAGUGUUGCAGAGAAUUUAGUUUCAUGGCUGCCACCGACACAUCCAAAAUCGCAGGUUACUAAAAGUGCUGCUGUUUUUCGACGUCAAUUAGAAGAAGCUGCUGGUGGAGAGGGUGGUGGCGGUAGUGACGGUGAACAGCAUCCAGAUGACAGCGAUGAUGCACAAGAAACUGAACUUGCGCGUCAUCAACGCGAAAUAGAUGAAAUAAUAAGUUCGUCGAUGCGUCCACGUUCGCCGACAUUACCAAAACAGGAUUUCCCCAGCUUACAGGAGACUACAGCGGCAAAUAGCAUUACAACAGCACCACAGCGAAAACAAAAAUCGCGUGAUUUAGACCGCACGAUUGCAAAGCAACGUCGUGACCGUGAUAAGGAACGUGAACAUGGCGCAAGUCGUAGACAGCGCGGACGAAGUGAUGCAGAGCCGGCAGAUCCCAUGGAUCCCAGCUCAUACUCUGAUAUACCGCGCGGCAAGUGGUCCGAUGGUUUGACUACAGGUGGCGGUGAUGAGCAAAAGAAAAUGAAAAGCACUAGUAACGCAAACAAGGAUGUGGGUAAAGAACGUGAAAAGCAUGUAGACGCGCGACGUGACAGUGAGGAUUAAAUAUGCUGUAUUUACUGUUAAAAAAAUAUUGAAUAAAAUAGUACACUAAUAAAGUAAAUAUAAUGAAUGCGAAGAUUUAAAUUA